GUAGAUUUGAUCCAUAGUUCGGGGAAUGGGAAAUGGUGGUGAGUAGUGCGGAUGAAAUGGAGGAAAUUGAGAAAAAGUUGGUGAAGCAACAGCUGUGCUGGAACGCAAACAAUAUUGGUGUCAGGUGUGAUGAUUUGGACCAGGAGGAUUAGGGACAAGGACCGGAAUGAUAGGUAGUGGAAAGAUAGGAAAAUGAGAGAUGAUACAGAAAGCAGUGGAGCAUCUAGUAAAGAAAGCAUGAAGAGGGCCAAGGUAGGAAGCAAAAUUACCUACAUGUUGGAGUGGAAAGUGGUGAUAGUGUUUGAUGAGACCACAGGGCUCCAUUUACACCCUAUCCAACUAACUAAUGCCGUAGAGAAAUCGGUAGGUGAAGUGAAAUUAGCUCGGUUAAUGGAAAUGGUAGAUUGUUAAUAUUGUGUGGUAGCCUGGCCCCGCAAGAGAAGCCAUGUCCCUGGUGCUUAUGCUAGAUUGAGGGGAGUCAUCACUGGGGUCCCAAUAUCUAUGUCCACAGAUGAUAUUAAAGAAAAUGUGAAGGGAGGCAGAGAGAUUGAGCCCAAAAAGUUGAACAGUAGGAAAGAGGGUCAAAGAAGUGAAAGCUUCUGUGAUGUCAGUGAUGCUGAGGUUUGAGAAAGUCUUGCCGGGAAACGUACAGGUAAGGAUUCCUUAGUUUCAAUGUUAGAGAACUUGUCCCAUAUGCACUGCAGUGUUUUAAAUGACAAAGAAUGUGACAUGUUGCUGCUCAGUGUAAAGGAAAGAAAAUAUGUGCCAAGUGUGGAGGGGCAAUGUGAAGGUUAAGUGCUGUAAUUGUGGGGGAGAACACAGUGCAGCAUUUGGUGGAUGCCAGGUACAGAGAGGCUAGAGAGGCUCAGAGAUAUAGGAUCAGUCAUGAUGUAUCGUAUGCAGAGGCCGUCAAACAGUUUGGUAGAACUACAGUGCGGACUGAUGCUGAUGGAGCUUACAUGGAUGUACCUGUAGUAAGUGGACCUAAUGUCAGGGCUGGUGCUUCUGAUGGUCCUGGCAUGGUUUUGAGGCCUGUUCAGAAAUCUUCUGCUCAUGAAUGUGCUGUGUCAAAGGACACUUUGAUAAUGAAUGAAAUUGAAUUCAUAGAUUGUAUUGGUAAGGUUAUCAAUACGACUCGGGAUGUGGAAAGCAGAAAUGCCAGGUUGAAGGUUAUUGCGGAGACAGCAAAAGAGAUAUUGGGGGUAACAGAUUGAAAUGGUUGUUGACAUGCAGAACAAUCCUAAGGGUGGAGUGUUUCAGCAUGAUAUAGAUCAAGUUUAAUGUGUUUGUAGAGGGUGUGGUAGAAGUCAGGGAUUUAUUUGGUUUAGAAUUGUUUUUCAUGGUAGUGCUGAAUUGAGCAGAUCGUGAUUGAUCGUACAUUCCAGCACAGUAGGUGGCGGCACGCAAUUGUUUGCGGACCGCCAUGAUAGCAUAGAAGAAACGAAGAAAGAAGAUGUUUCUAGGAACCAAGACCAACCCUCGUUUCCUGUCGGACAUUCACAUUUGUGACACAUUGCAGAAGUACACAUUUCAGCACGACGUACGGAAAAACAUGUGUAGAUAUCUGUUUGAAAAGCAUAACGAGUAUGGCGAGUUUGUAAGUAUUCAUUAAGGUAUUUGUAGAGGUGAACUAUUGCGGUUCAAACCGUCAAAUCAUUGCUUUAGCAAAUGUAAUUAAGCCAGCUAAUUUACUAACUAAUGCUUGAUCUCUUGAUCACAUGUUAGCAAAACUAGCUAGCAAGCUAACGUCAUCCAAGAAGCCAAUUUACUGAGCAACAGGACGUUUGAAGUAUAGUCGGCUGUCACAUAUUAAGUCAAAGUCUAGUCGCUUAGCAAUGUUCACUUUUUAGAAUGAGACGUGAAGACCUAAAGUUAUAAUGAAAGUUCAGGCUGCCAUUACACUGCAACGUGUCUUUAGCAGCUAACGUGUUAGCUUGCCUAACUCAAAAAAAAUUUGAAGAGGAGAAUUGACAAGACAUAUUUUCUAAAUCAAAGCUCAUAGUCCUGAGAUAUGUCUAAAGUCAAGCCAGAGAAAACGGACUCUGCUGCUUCUUCUAAAACGCCAGAAUCCAGCCAGGACCAAAAGAAAAAGAAACCUGUAAAGAAAAAGUUUUUUGAACACACCAAGAAACAACCAGUGGCUAAAGAUCAAGGUAAACCCAAUGCAUUGCUUCCCCCGAAAGAUGCCGAACAGUUUUCAGCCAACUGGAAAACGUUACUAGAGGUGUUCAAAUCCAAUCCCCUGCCAGUAAAAAAUAAACCAGUUCAGCGGAACUCAAAGAAGGAAGUCCCUAAGAAACCCACUAAAGACAUUUCAAAGAAGGACGAGGUGGUGGAGGAUAAGAAGCCUGCUAAAUACUUAUCGAAGACAGUGAAUGAUGCCAAGCCCAUGCAGGUGUACAGUAGGAAAGUAGGGAAGGAUAGUGCCGUUACCAACAAAUCCCAGGUGAAUGGGAAAGGUCCAGGAACAUCGGGGACAGAACAGCCUAACGCCAAGAAGAAGAAACCGAACAACGCCCAGGUGGAGGGUAACACACAGAUGAAGAAGAAGAAAAUAGAGGAAGUGGAGGAAAAUAAACCCACUGAAUCGGACAUGUGGUUUGAUGACGUGGACCCUGACGACAUUGAGGCCACAGUGGGGACAGAGGCAGCGGAUAUCAUGAGGAAGAUGCAAGGCAUUCGGAAGACAGAUGCCCAGACCACAGAGAAGGCGCUGGUCAAGGACAGGGGGUUCGAGGGCCUUACCAAGGCGGUAGCUAUGGACUGUGAGAUGGUGGGUGUGGGGCCAGAUGGAGAGGACAGCAUUGUAGCCCGGGUCUCCCUUGUCAACCAGUUUGGGAAGUGCAUCUACGACAAACACGUCAAGCCCACAGAGAAGGUGACAGACUACAGGACAGCUGUUAGCGGCAUCCGGCCGGAGAACAUCAAAAACGGUGAGAAUGUAAAGACUGUACAGACAGAGGUGGCUGAGAUCCUCCAGGGGAGAACGCUAGUGGGACACGCCAUUCACAAUGACCUCAAGAUUUUGCUCUUGGAUCACCCAAAAAAGAGAAUCAGAGACACACAGAAGUAUAAACCUUUCAAGAAAAUUGUGAAGAGUGGUCGGCCCUCUCUGAAACUCCUGUGUAGAGAAAUACUUAACGUCAAAGUACAGCAGGGAGAACAUUCAUCCGUCCAAGAUGCCCAGGCGACUAUGAGAUUGUACACGAUGGCGAAGAAGAAUUGGGAAGCAGAGAUCAAGGCUAGUCAUAACAACCCAGACUUAAUCAAGAAGACCAAAGAACCAAGGAAGCCCAAAUCAGCAAAACUCAAAUGAACCUGACUGGUUCUGUAGUCUUAACUGCAUCAUGUUAUAGGACUGUGGACUGACUGAAUUAAUAACAAGUGUCUUUGGGAAGUGGAUCGUUUGGUGACCCAUAAGGAUUGCACAAAGAAGUUUGUUCAAAUGGAUAUUGACUUUAUUCAAAUCCCACUCAGCCCAAAUAUCCUAGUGCUCCUUCAACUAUGCAUCGAUCUUUCAUUCAUUGUCUGGUACAUCCUCUUCAGUGUUCUUUUUGUUCAGAUCAGGGUUUUAAAAUGUAAUCUCUUAUCUUCUAACGUCCACAGGUUAGGUUUAGAGAAGCUGUUGCAUUUGUGGGCUUUAACAUUAAAAGUUUGAUAUCUUUAA